UUAUAUCUCGGCAAAAUGGCUGACGCGGUGUCGGUGCAGGUGAAAAAAAUACCCGAUAAUUUAUACGUGGUGUGUUUAACUAAUUUAGUGAACUACAUACAAAAAUCAAAGUGCGAACGGAAUGAAUUGCGUUCUUUACCGGACAGCGUCCUUAUGGAUAUUUACUCCAGGAUGCUCGCUGAGAAGCGUCUCUGCGUCCUGGGGGCAGAGCUCUCGGAGCUGGACAUGUUCGAGCGGCUGAUGCGGUACUCCGGGGCACAGCUCAGAUUGCUGCAGUGUUUCCAGGCAGUGAUCGAGCACGGAACGAAACUGUCAACUGAAUUGGCCAACGGGUACCUCGCGAGGUGCUGCGCCAACCAGCAUCCGCGCAACUCGCUCAUACAACUGGGACUCAGGCUUGGCGGUUUCCUGAACGAGGCGGGCUGGUACGCAGACGCGCAGCGAGUGCUUCUGCGAUGCCGAGACCUGUGCCUGGCGCAGCCGAAAACAGCUCACUACAAGAGGCUCACACUGGAGUGCUGCCACAGAUUGCUCAACACACAGUCCGCGUACUGCUGCUUCCCAGCCGCGGCGGAGACCUACGCGCUGGCUCUGAGGCUGUUGGGCCUGCCUCCAGACAUCACGGCCAAGAUCUCCGACGAGAGGUUCUCCAUCGCCAUGACCUGCUACAGUGCUCUGCAGACUGACGACGAUCAAGUUCCAAAGGUGCCGUGCAAGGAGGAGGCUUGCGGCGGAGGUACGCGCUGCGGAGAGUGGCGGCUGUCGGCGUUACUGGCUCGCCUGUUCAAGGAGUUCAGCGCGCUGUUCUUCGUGCGCUGCGACUACACGGCGGCGCACGCCUGGAGCAUGCGUGCUCUGGCGCUGCUUACUCCGCACACGCCGCCCAAGAUCAUGAUCGAAGUGGUCCGCGCGUGCGGCAAGGCGUGCGUUGUGAAGCGGCGCUUCUCUGCCGCGGGGCUUCUGGUGCGACAGGGCGUGGCGCUGGCCAGGGCCGUGUUCGGGCCGGCGCACCCGCGCUACGCCGCCGCGCUUCUGGACUACGGCUUCUACCUGCUCAACAUCGACUCGAUCACGCACAGCGUCUCCGUGUAUGAGGAGGCGCUCAACACGCUGCGACGCGUGUUCGGGCGCAGCAGUCUGCACGUGGCCACGGCGCAGGAGGAUUUGGCCUACGCGCUGUACGUGCUGGAGUACUCCUCGGGCCGCUUCUACAAGGCGCGCGACCACGCCGAGCGUGCCAUACGCAUCAUCGAGAACCUCGUGCCACCGGACCAUUUGCUGCUGGCUUCAGCGAAGCGCGUUAAGGCACUCAUAUUAGAAGAGAUUGCCCUCGACACCCCCGCGGGGCAGGACAUGAGAGAGCCCAGCCUGCUGGAGGAGUCGGAGUCGCUGCACAAGGCGGCACUUGAGCUGAGCAUGAUGGCCUUCGGGGAAAAGAACGUGCAGACGGCCAAGCACUACGGCAACCUGGGCCGCCUCUACCAGAGCAUGCAGAAGUUUCAGGACGCCGAGACGAUGCACCUGAAGGCGAUCGCCAUCAAGGAGGAGUUGCUGGGCUCGGAAGACUACGAGGUGGGGCUGAGCGUGGGCCACCUGGCCUCGCUCUACAACUACCACAUGAACAUGCACCGCGCCGCAGAGAAGCUCUACCUACGCUCCAUCUCCAUCAGUCUGAAGCUGUUCGGCGAGCGGUACUCGGGGCUGGAGUACGACUACCGCGGCCUGGUGCACGUGUUCACACAGCUCAAGCGACACGACCGCGCGCUGCACUACAACUCGCUGCUGCAACACUGGCAUGAUCUCAGAGAACAAUCGAAGGCAGAGCAGCAGCCAGCGCUGGGCGACGAGAGGAUUAUGCCACUGAAAGAGCUACAGGCUAGAUUCUUCUGCGUGAACGAGCUGGGGUUGUCCCCCUACCCACCUGGCCGGGCGCUCGCUCUGUAAAGAGCUUGACUGAACCAGCAACGGAGAAAAACCAAGUGUUUUCUGUACUCAUAAGUGAAUGGAAAAGUGACAGUGAUUUAGUGUAGUAUCUAAAGUCAAAGUAAAUUUAAGAUGUUAUUCGAGUGAGUCAUAGUUGUGUCUGUUGUGGCCCUCAUAACAAAGUGUAUAAAAUCGAAGCGAAUAGAUAUUGGAUAGAAGCAUGCGUCACUUUGCGGAAAUCCAUGAUAUAUUAUGAAACUUAAGCUUUAUUUGCUAU